UGUUUGGCUACAUCAGUCGGCCGACUUUGCCUGUCAAUACGUGGGAUGCCUACAUGUCAUGUCAGUCAACGAUAGAUGGGGAAACGAUCGCGGUGUUUUCAAUUGCUAUUUCGGGUAUUUCGAGUUUCGAACGUCAACAGAGCGUAAUUGGUGGAAAAAUUCUGUUAGGCGCAUAACUGGCCACAACAGUGUUCUAGGGAGAGAUUCCGCUGUCGGCAGUGGCCACAACAUCAUCUUCUAACUGCAGUUGAAUCUAAGUAUAUCAUUAAUAGUUAUAGGUGACUUGUUUUAUGUCAUUUCAUUGACGAUUAGCUGCGUCGGAAUUGACGUCCUAUUUGGCUUCAGUGUGAGCCGCAGAGGUGCGCCUCUAACAAGCAGUCCAUCUGGUAUCACCACGUACAAUAAACACAACGCCCACUUGGCGGUGAGGUGAAGUGGUAUUAGCAAAGCCAUCAAUAGUGUAAGUAAUUAUAUCUAAGCCGGUUGGAGCGGUUCCGGAAUUCUCAUUUAUAAGCGUGACGACGGUCGACCUGUUCAUUCUGCAGCAGAACAAGAAGCAAGUCGGAUCGACAAGGAGUGAGGAGAUCCGCGAUCAUGAGUUUGUCAUGUCAAACAAUGUUGCACAUGGUUGUGUACGGGUAUAUUCUCUCCAAUGCGUUCCUCUGGUUAUCCUCGGCAUCUCCUACCAAGGGAACAGCGUCCGCGUCCUCCUUCUAUAAUGACGAUACCAGAGAAGAUCUGGAGGCUCAGCUGCGGCACCUCCGUCAGAAACUGAGCGAGUGCGGCUGCAGCCGUAUGUCGCAGAAUGAUAUGAAACUUCGGUACGUCCGUAACGUGGAGGUCACUUGCAAUGAUCGAUCAAAAGCAGGCUACCAUAUUCGCAAAUCUCAAGGCAGCAGACGCUGGGUGAUCUACCUAGAAGGCGGUGCCUUCUGCUAUGACAACUCAUCGUGUGACGAGCGCACUAAAGUAGGACCGUGGAGUCAUGUGUCGUCACGUGGCUGGCCUGUGACUAAGCGAGGGACAGGGAUCUUGUCAGGCAAUAUUGAAGACAAUCCUAGCUGGUGGAACGCCAAUGCUGUGUCUGUGCCGUACUGUUCCAGUGACGUUUGGAGUGGGAAUCAAACACUAGCUGAAGCCAGGAACAGGACCUACGUAUUCAUGGGGGCAAGGAUCGUUCAAGAGGUCAUUCAUGAAUUAUUGGACCUCCACGAUCUGGGGAAUGCAACGCAAAUUCUCUUGGCAGGAAGCAGCGUUGGUGGUACCGGAGUUAUGUUAAACUUGGACAGAGUAGCCGAUUUCGUUAAGAAAAUGGGCUCUCAAGCUGGUGUGUACGGUCUUAGUGACUCCGGAUGGUACAUCGACCAUACCCCACGAGCAAAGAACCUAUGCAAUGGAAAAAGAAAGCGCUGCUCGGCAUCGAAAACCAUUCAAACGGGACAACGGUACUGGAACGGUAUCGUACCGGACAAUUGUGCUAAAGAGUUUACUACUAAGCCUUGGAAUUGCUACUUUGGGGACGUACUUUACAAAUUCAUUCGACGCCCGUUGUUCAUAAGUCAGUAUUUGUACGAUGAAGAGCAACUAAAACUGGCGCAUCUGGAGAUACCGCACAACAACAGCGAUUACGAGCGAAUUCUCAAGAUAGGAAAACAGAUUCGAAGAAGUCUGAAAGACACAAGGAAUCUCUUUGCUCCGGCAUGCCUCGCACACGAGCUUAUCAGCAAACGUGAGUGGAAAUUGUAUACAAUAGACGGAUUUACUCUACCGGAUGCUCUCGACUGCUGGCUACCUAAACCCUAUAAAGCAACGGACCCUCGCUGCCAGAACAAGCUGAUCGACAACUGCACAUAUCCGUCGUGUAAUGUCCAGUGCCCUGAUGUCAUAACGCAGUACGGAUCUGAACGGCCUACAGUUUACGACAUGACAAAGCGUUAUAAUCACUAUAAGAGGUAUCUUGCAAGCAAAGGCGAAGGUGGCGCAGGCACGAGUCGCAGUAACGACGUUCAGUAUGACAGCGCUACCCACGUGAGAUCGACGUCCACAGGAAAACGAAAAACGUAGAUGCAAGACGUCUGGUCGUGCAUUCGAACCUGUCUAUAUUUCACACUUGUACAGUUGUAUGUUACUAAUUAGUAGUUAGAACAGACAGAUCUUGAGACCUGGAAAGUGCAGCCUGUAUUAUACGUCCGCUGUAUACCUAUAUACAGCGAGGUUGUGUUCAUGGCAUGCCUAAUAGUGUGUUUUCAUAAGAAAUAGAGUCGGGUUUAUAACAA